ACAGGUGGUGAGGUUAGUGUGGUGGCGGCUACACGCAUCCCAGGCCAAGGAGCAGCAAGAGGCACUGCAGCACUGACAAGUGCCUCCCCAGUGACUUUGUCUACAAGCAGUCCCACAAGUAUAUCCCAACCAAGUACUUUGGUCACAGGAUUCUCUGCUAGGAGCACAGUGGCAGGAAGGACCACAGCUCUAGCUGACAUGACAGGGGAAUCGUCAGAGCCCACCAGCACUCCCAUGACUGGCACCCUUAUAAGAGAUUCCACUUCAGGCACUGCAUCAGAGACACUCACCAUGGAGACAACUUCAGCUACAGAAAUCAUGCAUGUGAACCAAACCACCCCGGAGAAGCGGGAUGCUCAGACAGGAACAGAGCCAGGCUCAACUGCUCGACCCCCCCCUGCUCCCAGUAUUAUUCCAACAUCUCCUGGAGGGGACCCUAGCGCUUUCUUGGUGUCUACAGAAGGAGCAACAGAAGGUCAAACUGUGUCCGGCGCCUUCCCAGAGAACACAGAUGCCCCCGGGAGCAUCCACAGAGAACACAUGCACUCCUCAAGCCCAGGAGUAACUCUGUGGCCUGAUAGAGCUGCCACUGUUUCUCUGCCCAGUCUAACUGAAGGAAGCAGCUACUCCAGAACUGUCCCCUCAUCCUAUUUGGGGAGCAUGACAAGCAUGGCCAUAUCUGGAGCCCAGACAAACCCAGCUAAAUCUCCUACCCCAGGGCCCACAGGGUCCACACCACCUGAGGAGGGCACUCCCUCUGUUGGAGGUCCCUCUGUGGUACCAGUGCCUGAAUUCAGCACCACGGACAGCGGAAAUUUAGAGAGUAGUUUGGCUUCUACCAGCACUCCAGUGUGGGAGACCAGCAGACCUGGCAGCACUGAAGCCUCAGACACCAGCACACUCAGCCCAGGGAAGUUUCAUACUGCUGAGAGUACAACUAACCUCAUAUCCAGUCCUGUGGGAGGGCCCAGCCCAGAACCAGUUGUCUACACCACUCCACCCUACACACCAGGUACUUCAGAGACCAGGCCUGAAGAAGAAACAGUUUCAUCUUUGGUGAUAUCCACACCAGCACCUUCUGCUUCUCUCACCAGCAUCUCUGGGAUUCUGUCUAGAGCAAGCACAGGCACCCCGCAGCCCUUGACCUCCACAGAAGCCACAGCUCUCAUUAUCACUGGUGCAGAUACCACUCCCAUACAGCCAAAGACACGGUCUCCUUCACCUUCUGUAACCAUAUUAGGGGCUGAGGACAAGAACUCAGAUGCCCCUGGGACUGAAGUCACAACUCCCAUCCCCGACAGCAAGGUCACAGAUAUAGUCCCUCUUUCCUCUAUCAGCUUUCUCCCUCCUGAGUUUCCAAGUAGAGUGGCAGAGAGCAGCAGUGAUAUCCCACUGGCAGCCACUUUACCUCCAUCUCCCAUAUCCUCAACUACCACUGUUGACAGUGUACAAAGCAAAUUGAGUACCCCUACUGAUUCAAUUCACCUGGGAGCCAUGACUCAUGGAGUCCCACAAAAAGACUUAGAAAUUACCCCAGGUCUCUCUCUGGCUACUCUAGCUACAGAGGACACGGUUAGUUCUAUCCCAACCAAGACAACCAAAUACAGCUCUAUGACUCAUCCAGGGCUUAGCAUGGGAGCUGAAGUAAGCUCAGCCCAUCCUCCUAGUACCAGCGCAGGAGAAAUCCAAGCAAGUUCUAAGACUCUGAGUUCCAGAGAGACCAGCUCAAGGGAAUCGUUGGUGACCACCCACUCUGAUGUUGGAUCAGGUUCAAGCCUGUCUACUGUGACCAAAGCUGAACUAUCCGAGACUCAAAGUCCGUUAAUCAUCACCAAAGUUCCACAGGGGAGUGACACGGGCUCCCCAUUGUCUCCUACUACAAGUGAGGUCUCUGGAGCAGGAACCACAAUAGCUUCUAUUCCAAACCUAGGACGAGAGGAUAUCCAGGUUUCCAUGGGCACCACCUUAGGCACAGAAGCCAACAGGACUUCCCUCACCUCGUCCCCCUCCUCAGAAAGCCCCAGGACACAUAUCACUAGUCCUAAGAGGGUAACAAGCAGUGAUGAAGCACUGUCCACUCUGUCAACUGAGAAAUCACUGGGAGGCUCCGAUGCCUCUGUUCCCACAAAGCUACCUGAAGUCACUGUAUCAGCACCAGAGAUAGGCACCCAAAGGUCUUCUGAGAGUUUAAGUACAUCCACUCUGGAAGCCAGCACUGCUCCAGCAGUCCGGACCAGCUCUGCUGUGACUUUGAUUGUCCCAGUAUCAAAGAUCAUUACUUCCAAAAUAGAUAUGGAAACCAUGUCAAAAUCAGUUUCCUGGGCAGUCAGUCCCUCAGCACAGGUCACAACCAGUUCCCCCAGUCUGGCUGACACCACCUUGGGGGGAUCCUCCCUGAUUCCAUCCACAAGAGAAUGGACCCACAGUCAAGCCCCUGAGUCUCCAAGUCAAAGCCCAAACCUUUCUCCUGUUUUCACCAUUCCAACAAGCUGGAAAAGCACAAUCCCCUCCAGUUCUACUCUCUCUUCAGAGGUCCCAAGGGCAACCAGCUUAAAGACUGUACCUGAGAAGAUCUCUAUGGAAACAUCAACUUUAGAUGUCAGCUCACCUCCAGCCAGAACAGAGGUAGUCUGGACAUCAACAUCUCCCACCCAAGCAUCCACAGCCUCAGAGGGCAGCAGUACCAGGGCGGGGACAGCGUCUGUGUCUGCCCCUGUACCAGCUAGCUCCACCUUGUUCACAAAUAGUGAUGAUGGUGUGGUUCCCAUUUCCCAUGUUCCAGACCAUGAAGCACCAGGAGACACUGAAAUACUAACAAGUGGACCCCUGACGACUGUGUCCACUGUUAGCUCCCCAGUUACAGGGUCCAGUGAAGAAAACAAAGGAAAAAUAAUAACAGCUGAACAGCCAGGGACCAUGAUUGCUACCACUUUUAGUCCUGCAGUAGGAACACAUUCGGUUCUGGUAACAACAACCCAAACCACUGCCCAUGGUAAUGUGGACUUAAUAAAAACUACUCUGCCUGCUUCUUCUGGCUUACCAGAAACCAUGGUAGCAUCAACUUCUUGGCCUGGAGUGGUGAUAAGUGCAUCUGAAACUAUCAUUACGGAGGUCUCCACCCAACCUGGGACCACGACAGAAGAAGGGAGCCCCAUAACUGUCUCUUCAUCCACAGCACUAACCAAGCCUUUCGCCUGGACCAAUAUGCCACCAGCAUGGUCCACAAGCUCUUUGGACACAACUCCUUCUGGCCGCAGUAGAGAAGAGACAAGCUCAACUGCCUCAUUGGAGACCCUGGCUUCAGAGACCAUAGCCUUGGUAACUACAAGGAAAGAGGUUUCCCUGAUUGAGUCCACAGCUGCAAUGGACAUCAGCAGAGGAUCUGAGACUGUGGUUCUGUCUACAAGGGAAUUGCCAACCAGCUCAAUUCCCUCUCUCAUCACCACUCCCGAGAUGUCAACCUGGACCACCACCAUGGCCAUAAUUCCUGAAACUGUGACUGCAAAAAGACUGGAGUCUUUCACCCUCAACUUCACCAUUACCAAUCUGUACUACACAGCAGACAUGGGAUAUCCAGGCUCCAGCAAGUUUAACGCUACAGAGAAAGUCCUGCAGCAACUGCUUGAUUCCUUGUUCAGGAAUGGCAGCCUUGGGUCAUUCUAUUCUGGGUGCGGCCUGAUUAUGAUGAGGCCUAUGAAUGAUGGAUUAGCAACUGGAAUGAAUUUUGUGUGUGCUCGAUGGCAAGAUCCCAACAACUCUACCUUUGACCGAAAGAAACUUUACUGGGAGCUGAGCAACCAGACCCAUGGAGUCACCAGGCUGGGCCCCUACUUCCUUGAUAAGGACAGUCUCUACCUCAAUGGUUACAAUGCUCGGAUAUCAGUCUCUGCCACAAGCAUUCCCACAUUUUCUCUAAUACCAUCUCUGACUGCAACACCUUCCCCUAGCAUCACAGGGGGACCCAACCUAGAACCUUUUACCAUGAACUUUACCAUAACCAACCUGCUGUACACAGAAGAUAUGGGACAUCCAGACUCUGAGAAAUUCAAUUCCACGGAGAAAGUCCUACAGCGCCUACUCAGAGCCUUGUUCAAGAACAGCAGCCUUGCCUCUAGUUAUUCUGGGUGCAAGUUGACCUCACUGAGACCCGUGAAAGACGGAGAGGCCACUGGAGUGGAUGCUGUGUGUAUCCAUCGUGAAAGUCCCACCAACCCCGUGCUGGACAGAGAGAAGAUUUACUGGGAACUGAGCAAACAGACCCAUGGCGUCACCAGGCUGGGUCCUUACACCCUGGACAAGGACAGCCUCUUCCUCAAUGGUUAUAAUAAUAAACAGACUCCAACCACAAGCAUUCCUUCAAUAACCACAUUCUCCCCAGUCACAUCUCUUGCUCCAUCGUCAUUCUCCAAACCCACAGAUGAAACUCUCCUGGAGCUGUUUACCUUGAACUUCACCAUCACUAACUUGUUCUACACGGAAGACAUGGAACAGAAGGGCUCCAGCAAAUUCAACUUUACCGAGAGGAUCCUGCAGCGCCUGCUCGGCCUUGUGUUUAAGAAGACUAGCCUUGGCUUGGGCUAUUCCGGAUGCAGGCUGACCUUGCUGAGGCCUGUGAAGAACAGGACAGCAACUAGAGUGGAUGCCAUUUGUGGGUAUCAGAGAGACCCUGCCAGUCCUGGGCUAGAUAGAGAGAAGGUUUACUGGGAGCUGAACAAUCAGACCCAGGGAAUCACCAAGCUGGGGCCUUACAUCUUGGACAAGGACAGUCUCUAUGUCAAUGGUUAUAACCAUCAGACGGACCCCCUCUCUUCCACAAUCUCUCCUGUGAUAAAAACUUCAGCUCCCUCUUUGACGUUAUCAUCAUUACCCACUACCACCACAGCCACAGGGAUCUCCCCUUUGAAGAUUUUCACACUCAACUUCACCAUCACCAACCUGUUCUAUACAGAAGACAUGAGUCAAAGGGACUCCAGCAAAUUCAACUCCACUGAGAAUGUCCUGCAGCACUUGCUCAAUUCCCGGUUUAAAAAGAGCAGCCUUGGCUCUCACUAUUCUGGAUGCAGUCUGGCCUUGCUGAGGUCUAUGAAGAACAGGACAGAAACAGGAGUGGAUAUUGUGUGUGCUUAUAUGGAAGACCCCUUCACUCCUGUCCUGGACAGAGAGAAGGUUUACUGGGAGCUGAGCAAUCAGACCCAUGGCAUCACCAAGCUGGGUCCCUAUACUCUGGACAAGGACAGUCUCUACCUUGAUGGUUAUAACCACCAGAUUCCAGUCGCCUCAACAAGCACUCCUUCAAUAACUAUACUCUCUCAGACCAUGCCUCCUGCUCAAUCAUCAUUGUCCUCUGGCAGCACAGCCUUGGGGUCUAUCCUGGAAGCUUUCACCAUGAACUUCACCAUCACCAACCUGCUCUACACAGAAGCCAUGGGGAAAAUAAAUUCCAGCAAAUUCAACUCCACUGAGCGUAUUCUGCAGCACCUGCUCAAUCCCUUUUUUGAGAAUAGCAGCCUUGGAUCCAGUUAUUCCGGGUGCAAGCUGACUUUGCUGAGAUCUAUGAAAAAUCAGACAGCAACUAGAGCAGAUAUCAUCUGCCUAUAUCAGAGGGGUCCCACUGGUCCCUUCCUGGAUAGAGAGAGGGUUUAUUGGGAGCUGAGCAACCAGACAGGGGGCAUCAGCAGGCUGGGCCCCUACACCCUGGACAAAGACAGCCUCUACCUUAAUGGUUACAAUCAUCAGUUCUCCAGCCCAGCAACAACCACUCCUAUCCUGUCCACAUUCACUGCAAGAGUUUCUUCUACUCCAUCGCUAUUAGCCAGUUCCUCAGCAGGCAGCCUUAUUCUGGACUCGUUCACUGUGAACUUCACCAUCACCAACCUGCUCUGCACGACAGACAUGGGACAGCCAGGAUCCAACACGUUCAAUGCCACUGAAAAAGUCCUACAGCGCUUGCUCAGUCCCUUGUUUGAAAGCAGUAGUAUUGGCUCUCACUAUUCUGGAUGCAGACUGACCAUGCUGAGGCCUGUGAAGAAUGGUACAGCAACUGCAGUAGAUGUUCUUUGUACCCAUUGGAAAUCCCCCAGCAUCCCUAGCCUGGACAGAAAGAAGAUUUACUGGGAGCUGAGCAAUCAGACCCAUGGCAUUACCAGGCUGGGUCCCUAUACCCUGGAUGAGAAGAGCCUCUACAUCAAUGGUUACAACUAUCAGAUGACUCUCUCUUCUUCCACAAGCACUCCAGAAAUAACAACUAUUACUACAGCUCCACCACCAAUUUCCACAGUGGGGGGCUUCAGCCUUGAGUCUUUUACCCUGAACUUCACCAUCACCAACCUGAGGUACACAGCAGACAUGGGCCAAAGAGGCUCCAGCAAAUUCAACUUCACUGAGAAUAUCCUGCAGCAUCUGCUCAGUUCCUUGUUUGAAAAGACCAGCCUUGGCUCUCAGUAUUCUGGAUGCAGACUGACCUUGCUGAGAUCUUUGAAGGAGGGAACAGCAACUGGAGUUAAUUUUGUUUGUGCUCGUCGGACAGAUCCAGACAGCCCUGUACUAGACAGAGAGAAGGUUUACUGGGAGUUGAGCAACCACACCUGGAAUAUCACAAGACUGGGGCCCUAUAUCCUGGAUAAGGAAAGUCUUUACCUCAAUGGUUAUAAUCAUCUGUCCUUGGCCCCCACAAAAAUUCCCAUAGAACCCAGCCUGAAGCCUUUCACACUGAACUUCACCAUCACCAACCUCCGCUAUUCAGCAGACAUGGGACACCAGAACUCAGUCAAAUUCAACAUUACAGACACUGUUAUGCAGCAUCUGCUUGGCCCCUUGUUCAAAAACAGCAGCAUUGGUUCCCUGUACUCUGGAUGCAAAGUGACUGAACUGAGGUCUGUAAAGAAAGGAUCACAGACAGGUGUGGAUGCUGUCUGCACCUAUCGCCAGUUUCCCAGCAGCACUGGUUUGGAUGCCAAGCAGGUUUUCCAUGAGCUGAGCGACCAAACUCGUGGCAUCCGGAAAUUGGGCCCCUACUCCCUGGAUAAGGACAGUCUCUAUCUCAAUGGUUAUAAUGAACGUGGUCCAGUCUUACCCAGUCCAGUCUUAUCCAGUGUUGCUCCAGGUUCAACCACAACAAUAGUAGGUGGGUUUCCCCUGGGAUCCACAGGACCUGGAGGCUCCACAGCUUCUUUGCUAAGCACAUCCCCUCCAGCCACAUCCCCAGCUCCAUCACCUUUCUCAAGCACCACAGCUGCCAGCCUAAGCUUACAGUCUUUCACACUAAACUUCACCAUCACCAACCUGCUCUACACAGAAGACAUGCAACUUCCUGGAUCCAGCAAAUUCAACUCAACUGAGAGAAUCCUGAAGCACCUGCUGGACACCUUGUUCAGGAAUAGCAGCAUUGGCCCUUUCUACUCUGGAUGCCACCUGACUUCCCUGAGACCUAUGAAGAAUGGCUCAGCGACUGGAGUAGAUGUGCUAUGCACCUAUCGGAGAGAUCCCACCAGACCCAUCUUGGACAGAGAGCAAGUUUAUCGAGAGAUGAUCAAUCAGACCUUUGGCAUUAGCAGGCUGGGACCUUACUCACUUGAUAAGGACAGUCUCUAUCUUGAUGGUUAUAAUGAACACAGUGCUGUGCAGUAUACUACUACUUUGGGGCCAGACACUGCAUCCACAACUGAAAUUCCCCUAAGACCCACUGAGCUUGAUAGUCCCACAGCCCCUGUGACAACCUCAUUUGCUUCAGCAACAUCUCUGGCUCCAUCACCAUUCUCCAAUGUCACAGCCACCAGCCUCAGUCUAGAGACUUUCACCCUGAACUUCACAAUCAUAAACCUACCUUAUACAACAGAAAUGGCACAUCCAGGCUCCAGCAAAUUCAAUUCCACAGAGAGAAUCCUACAACGCCUGCUUGGUCCAUUGUUCAGGGGAAGCAGCAUUGGAUCCUUCUACUCUGGAUGCAAAGUUACUUGCCUGAGACCAAUGUUGAGUGGUUCAGCAACUGGAGUGGAUGCCCUUUGCACACAGCGAAGAGAUCCAACAAGCCCCUUCCUGGACAGAGAGAGGGUUUACUGGGAGCUGAGUAACCAGACAAACAACAUCACCCAGCUGGGUCCCUACUCCCUUGAUAGGGACAGUCUCUAUGUCAAUGGUUAUAAUGGACACAGAUCAGUUCAAUAUUCUUCCACUCAACAGCCAACAAGUGUAUCAGCACCUGUGACUACCCUGUGGUCCGCAGGGCCUAGAACCUCAACAACUUCUGUGACAACCAUUUUUUCUCCAGACACUUCUCUAGCUCCAUCACCAUUCUCCAGCACCACAGCUGGUGGCCACAGCCUGGAACUUUUCACCUUGAAUUUUACCAUCACCAACCUAUUCUACACAGAAGACAUGGGGCACCCUGGCUCUGGCAUUUUCAAUUCCACAGAGAGAGUGCUGCAGCGCCUGCUCAGCCCAUUGUUCAAGCAAAGCAGCAUUGGUUCCUCCUAUGCUGGAUGCAAAGUGAUUGCCCUGAGAUCUAUGAAGGACGGCUUAGCAACUGGAGUGGAUGCUGUGUGCACCCAUCGAGGAGGGCCAACCAGUCCCUAUCUAGACAGAGAAAGGGUUUAUUGGGAACUGAGCAAUGAAACCCAUGGCAUCACCAGAUUGGGCCCCUACACUCUGGACAAGAAUAGUUUCUACCUUAAUGGUUAUAAUGAACACCAUCCUAUCCAACCUACGACAACUUUUGGUCCAUUCACUGCAUCAUCAUUUACAACUCCCUUGAUGUCCUCAGGGCCUGGAACCUCCACAGUUCCUGUGAGAACCUCUUUCCCUCCAGAUACCUUUGCAACUCCAUCACCAUUCUCCAGCACCUCAGCUGAUAACCACACCUUGGAUCCUUUCACACUAAACUUCACUAUCAUCAACCUGCUCUACACAGAAGACAUGGGGCGCCCUGGCUCUGUCAUUUUUGGCUCCUUAGAAAGAAUCUUGCAACAGCUGCUCAAUCCCUUAUUUGUGAAAAGCAGUAUUGGUUCCUUCUAUUCUGGAUGCAGGCUAACGUCACUGAGACCAAUGAAGGACGGCUUAGCAACCAGAGUAGAUAUUAUAUGUACUCGUUGGCAAGAUUUUGCCAGACCUUUUCUGGACAGAGAAAAGGUUUACUGGGAGCUGAGCAACCAGACCUAUGGAAUCACCCGGCUUGGCCCCUACAUCCUGGACAAGGACACCCUUUACCUCAAUGGUUAUAAUGAGUACAGUCCAGUCCAACCCAUGAUGACUUCUGGGCCAGCCACUGGAUCAACCUUCACUUAUUCCCUGCUAUCUACAGACCCUGGAGUCUACACAGCUCCUGUAUCCACCACUUUUGCUACAAUAACACCUUCUGGUCCAUCACCAUUCUUUACCACCACAGUCAGCAGCACUCCGAGCUUGGAAUCUUUCAUUCUGAACUUCACCAUCACCAACUUACUCUACACAGAAGACAUGGGGAAUCCAGGCUCUGACAAAUUCAACUCUACAGAAAGGGUCCUUCAGCGCCGGAUUGGUCUCUUGUUCAGGAAAAGUAGCAUUGCCCCCUUCUACUCUGGAUGCAAGGUGAUUUCUCUGAGACCUAUGAAGAAUGGCUCUGCAACUGGAGUGGAUGCCCUGUGUUCCCGUCACAUUGACCCUGCCAACCCUGUACUGGACAGAGAGAGGAUUUAUCAGGAGCUGAGCAGGGAAACACAUGGCAUCUCCAGGCUGGGCCCCUAUACCCUGGACAAGGACAGUCUUUAUCUUGAUGGUUAUAAUGAGCACAGAGUGGCCAAAACUACUUCCAAUUCUCCAGUAACCACAUUCAUUCCAGCAACAUCUCUGGCUCCCUCACCAUUCUCCAGCUCCACAGCCAGUGGCCACAGCCUGGAGGCAUUCACCUUGAACUUCACCAUCACUAACCUGCUCUACUCUGCAGAGAUGGAGCAUCCAGGCUCCAGCAAAUUCAAUUCUACUGAGAGGAUCCUGCAGCGUCUGCUUGGCCCCUUAUUCCGGAAUAGCAGCAUUGGCUCCUCCUACUCUGGAUGCAAGCUGAUGUCCCUGAGACCUAUGAAAGAUGGAUUAGCAACUGGAGUGGAUGCCUUGUGCACUUAUCGGAGAGAUCCUAACAGCCCUAUCCUGGACAGAGAGAGGGUUUACUGGGAGCUGAGUAACCAAACAUAUGGCAUCUCCAUGCUGGGUCCCUACUCCCUUGCUAAGGACAGUCUUUAUCUUAAUGGUUAUAAUGAACACAUUCCAGUUCAACCCUCAACUACUUUAGGAGCAGGGACUGCAUCUUGGUCUACAACUUUUCUGGGGCCUACAAAACCCGGAGGCUCCACAGCUCCUGUGCCAAGUACAUUCACUCCAGAAACAUCUCUGGUUCCUUCACUGAUUUCCAUCACCACAGCCACAGGUCACAGCCUAGAAGCUUUCACACUGAACUUCACCAUCACCAACCUGCUCUAUACAGCAGACAUGGGAAAUACUGGGUCCAGUAAAUUCAAUACCACAGAGAAAAUCCUGCAGCACCUGCUUGACCCUCUGUUCAGGAAUACAAGCAUUGGCUCCCUCUAUUCUGGAUGCAGAGUAAUAUCUCUGAGUUCUAGGAAAGAAGGGUCAGCAACAGGAGUGGAUGCUGUGUGCCUCCACUGGAGAGAACCCAGCAUCCCCUUUCUGGACAGAGAGAGGGUUUAUUGGGAGCUCAGCACCCUGACAAAUGGAAUCACCAGGCUUGGCCCCUACACCUUGGAUAAGAAUGGUCUCUACCUCAAUGGUUAUAAUGAGCAUGAUUCAGCCCUGCCUGCCACCACUUCUGGGCUAGGCAGUGCAUCCACAUCAGCAACUCCCCUUGACUUCACAGGGAAAGGAACCAACACAGCUCCUGUGAAGACCACAUAUGCCCCACCAACCUCUUUGGCUCCACAAUCUUUCCCCAGCACCACAGCUGGUGGCCAGAGAAUGGAGUCUUUUACAUUAAACUUCAUCAUCACCAACCUACUCUACACAGAAGACAUGGUGCGGCCUGGAUCCACCAAAUUCAAUAGCACAGAGAGAAUCUUACAGCGCUUGCUCAGUCCAUUGUUCAAGAGAACCAGCAUUGGCAACUUCUACACUGGGUGUAAAUUGGCUUCUCUAAGAUCAGAGAAAGAGGGAUUAGCAACAGGAGUAGAUGCAGUGUGCACUCAAUGGAGAGACCCCACUAAAUUCAUUCUGGACAGAGAGAAAGUCUACUGGGAACUGAGCAACCAGACACAUGGUUUCAGCAGGCUGGGCCCCUACACCCUGGAUAAAAACAGUUUCUACCUCAAUGGUUACAAUGGACGAAAUCUGCCCCAACCGGGUACCACUCCUGGCCUUGCCACUAUAUCACCAUCUGCAAUCCCUCUGGGACCCACAGGGUCUGGACACUGGACAGCUAGUGACCCCCGACUGCAACCUUUCACUCUGAACUUCACCAUCACUAAUCUGCCCUACACUGCAGAUAUGGGACACCCAAGCUCUACCAAAUUUAACAACAUAGAAGGGGCCCUCCAGCGACUGCUGGGCCCUUUGUUCAGAAAUAGCAGCAUUGGCUUGUACUACUCUGGAUGCGGACUCAUCUCUCUGAGACCUAUGAUGGAUGGGUCAGCAACCAGAGUGGAUGCUAUAUGUGUGCAGCAGAGAGGGCCCACCAGUCCAGUCUUCGACAGAGAGAGGGUUUACCAGGAACUGAGCAAUCAGACGCAUGGCCUCACUAAGCUGGGGCCUUAUACUUUGGACAAAGACAGUCUCUGCCUCAAUGGCUAUUCAUCCCAGAGUACCCCCGGACAAGGGGAAUACCAGCUUGAUUUCAGGAUCAUCAACCACAACCUUACCAACUCUGACCCCACUUCCCCAGAGUACCAAGCACUGCAGAGAGACAUCCAGGACAAGAUGACACAGCUUUACUCAAGCAGCCAGCUCCAGGACAGAUUCCGCUACUGCCUCAUCACAGGCCUCAGGGUAGGCUCUGUGUUGGUCACCUGCACCUGCAGCUUCUCCUCCAACCUGGAUCCUGACACCAUCGGACAAGUGUUUCUAGACAGAACCCGGAAUGCCACAGCCCACUGUCUAGGGGACUCCUAUGAGCUGGAUAACCUCCAAGUGACAAAACUGGAACUAGCCUUCCCAUUGUCUACAGCUAAGCCAUUGACUGAUCUCAGACCCCAACACUUCAAGUUGAACUUCACCAUCACCAGCUUGUUCUAUUCCCAGAACUUGACACAUCCUGACUCAGUCGAAUAUCAGGAAAACAAAAAUGGCAUUGAGGAUGCGCUAAACCAGCUCUUCAGAAACAGCAGCAUCAAGAGCUACUUUUCUGACUGUCAGGUGCAGACUUUUAGGCUUGUCCCUCCCAGUAGCCACACCGGGGUGGACUCUCUGUGUGACUUCACUUCAGCCACUCGGGCCCACAGCUUCGACAGGGCUGCUGUGUACCAAGAGUUCCUCCAGCUGACAAACAAUGGCACCCGGCUACAGAAUUUCACUCUGGAUCGGAACAGUGUCCUGGUGGAUGGGUAUUCUACCAACAUAAUAGAUGGAACAAGUAAGAAAACUGACCUGCCCUACUGGGCCAUCAUCCUCAUCUGCCUGGCUAUGCUUCUGGGGCUCAUUGUUAGCUUGACAUGCUGCUUUGUGGUCACCAUGUGCUUGCGAAAAAAAGAAGGGGAUUACGAGGUCCAAAGGAGAACCAUCAGCUCUUAUCUCUCCCACCUGGACCUGAGGAAAAUUCAUUGAUAAUGGACUGUGAUAAAGAUGUAGCAGAGUGAACCCAGGAACCUUGGCCCCUGGCCCUGGCCAUAUCCCUGGAGUGGGCUGGGCUCGGGCUGGAAUAAACACUGGGCCUCGCUCAUUCUGGAUUGGCCAGAA